AUGACUAGGGAUCGUAAUAAAGCUCGUCGUCAGCACAAGAAUCAAGCAGAAGAUCAACUCCUCCACUUCCAACUACCUACUCGCUUCCGGCACACUGUCUAUCAUCCUUCCCUACUCUCCCCAGCCGGUUUGUCUGAGGAACUAUUUAUCUCAACAUUCUUCCAAAAACAGACCUUUUUAUCACAUUCAGAUCACCUCCUCAUCCCAAACCCCGAAUAUCAGUCUCGGAACUCGUCUAUACCCUGCUAUGCAGCAUUCCGACUGAAAGGUAUGGUCUCAGCAGGUCAGCAAGAAACUCUAUACACAUUGGUGCAGAACGUGUGGGAUGUUGGCCUUAGGUCUCACACAAUAGCUUCUAGAGGUGCCGAUUUCCAUCAGUGGUGGUUUGAUGUAUGGUGUAGGUAUGCCAAACAUAGUGUCAUAUUGGCCGACUCUCGACAGAAAGGCUCUCAAAAAGAAGUUCUUGAACUUGUCAAGGCCUUCGAUGGUAUCUUUGGUGACAAGCCAAGGUCAAUGCUUCAUCGUCUCGAUAAGAAGGUAGCUAUAUCCAUGGCACACAACCACUGA